UCCUCUCGGCUUGUUCCUCGUACUUCCAGAGCCUGUUCCUGGAGCAUCCCGAAAGACAUCCAAUUGUGAUAUUGAAGGACGUCCGUUUUGCCGAGCUGCAAACCUUAGUUGAAUUCAUGUACAAGGGCGAGGUGAACGUGCAAUACUGUCAGUUGUCCGCGCUGCUCAAGACAGCCGAAUCCCUCAAGGUCAAGGGCCUCGCCGAGAUGACGAACCAGAACACGACGCUGCGCGAGCCGGAGCGGGAGCCGGACCGCCUGCGUCCGCAGGGCGGUGGCGGUAGCGGCGGGUCCGCCCACAAGUCGGCCGACAGUCCGGCGGCCGCUCUGGAUGCCACAGCGGCAACACAGGCGGCAACGGCUGCUGCCACGGCAGCGGCGGCGGCAGCGGCGACGGCAACAUCGACCUCAACAUUAGCAACAUCUGCGGCGGCAACAGUAACGGCAGCAGCAGGAGCAGCAGCGACAGCAGCAACAUCUGCAGCAACAACGGGGAGCAGCGGCAGCGGCAGUAGUACAACCACAACGGCGGCAACCACAACAGCAACCUGUGCGACAGCAGCAACAUCCACGGCAGCAUCAUCCUCGCUGACAGCGGCAACAUCUGCAACGGAAGAGGCAACAUCAUCGUCAUCGUCGAGCGGCGGCGUUGCCGUGAAGCGGGAGGCCAGCGAUCGCUGCAGUCCCACGCCCGCCAAACGCUCGUCGCGAUUGCAUCCGGUGGACAAGAAGGAUGAGUUGUCGGCGGACCGGGAGCAAAAGCCGACGGAUGAGUUGCUCGCGGAGGAGUUGCUCGCAAGAACUCGCAACUUGAACGACGACGAGGAUGAUGUCGACGCUGUCGAGGAGAUGGAUGAGCUGGAUGAGAACGAGGAGGCGGCGGCGGCGGCGGCGGCGAUGCGGCAGCAAGAUGAGGAUGAGGAGGACGAGGAUGAAGAGGAGGAUACGCCCAUGCCGCUGGAUCUCUAUCAAAGACCUAAUGUCGAGCCAAAAAGCGCAGCAGCAGCAGCUGCAGCAACAACGCAGCAGGGCGGCAGCAACAACCUCAGCGGCAGCGGCAGCAGCAGCAACACCUGCAACAACAACAAUAAUAAUAACAAUAAUAAUAACAACAACUCCAGCAGCAGCAACAACAACAACAACACUAGUAGUGGGAAAACAACAACAACAUCAGCUAGCAGCAAUGGCGGUACAGCCAACUCCGCCAGUGGUAAUGCAGAUUCCGUGGUUGCAGUGGACGAUGAUGACGACGAUGACAUUGGUGUUGACCAGCGACAGGUGGAUGAUCGCCUGGAGCAGGAUGCCGCCGACGAGGAGGACGAGGAUCAGGAUGAUGAUGAUGUGGUUGUGGUGGGCAGUGCCAGUGCCACAACAAUGGCCAGUUGCAUUGCCCAGCGAUUGGCUCACCAGAGUCUGCAUCGGUUGCAUCCGCAUCCGCACCCGCAUCUGCAUCACCAUCCACACUCGCAUUCGCAACACCACCAUCAUCCGCAGCACCACCAUCCGCAUACGCAUACGCAUCCGCCGCACCACGCCCACCAUCCGCAUUCGGAUGACGACGACGCCAUGCCCGUGAUUGCCAAGACCGAGAUUCUCGACGAUGACUACGACGACGAGAUGGAUCUGGACGAUGACGAUGAGGCGGACAACAGCAGCAACGAUCUGGGGCUCAAUAUGAAAGUGGGCGGCAGUGGCGGUGGGGGCGUGGACCUGUCCACCGGCUCCACCCUGAUACCCUCGCCCCUGAUAACCCUGCCAUCGUCAUCGGCGGCAGCAGCAGCAGCAGCAGCGGCGGCGGCAGCAGCAGCGGCCAUGGAAUCGCAGCGCUCAACGCCGGCACAAGGAGCGGGAUCGGGAGCGGGAGGAGCGGGUGCAUCGGACCUCAGUAUUGGUGGCUCCGGCGGUCGACCGGCGUCCCGGAGUUCCCGUGACGGUGGCGGCAACGAUAACCGCGGCGGAGCCUCGUCGUCCAGCCUGCUCAGUCCCGGAACGGUGGCCAAUCUCCUGCCCGUGCAAUCGGUGCCAUUGAGCCUCAAGAAGGAGAUCGAUUGCAGUGAGGACGACAACAGCAGUCACAGCAGACACAUGCAACAGCGUUCGGCAUCAGCUGGCGGCGGCCUGGGCGGCGACCUUGACUACCGCGCCUCCCACGAGUCGGAAACGUCCGAAUCGCCCCACCAACAACAACAGCCUCCACCACACGCUGUGGGCGUUGGGGCGGGCGGUGGCUCAGCGGCCGCAGCAGCAGCCGCUCUGUUGCAUCAACAGCAGCAGCAGCAGCAACCCCCCAAUCACAGCCCCCCGCCGCCGCCCCUGCACAUGUUUCCGUGCAUCUACUGCCGCAUGGCCUUCCCCAAUCAAUCGAAACUCACCCGCCACCUGCUGACGCACUCGCUGAAGACGCUCGAGUACCGCGAGCCGGCCACCACGGCGCUGCUCCACUCGCACCUGCUUGGUGACCUCAACAUGGCCGCCGCCGGCCUGCCCUCGCCCUUCGCCUUCCAGAUGAACGCCGCCGCGAUGGCGGCCACCUCCGGCAGCGAUACCCAGGAGCAGGUGGCUGCGGUGGCCGCCGCCUUCGGCAUCGACAUGGAGGCGGCCCUCUCGCUGGCCAGCGCCGGCUGCACCUUCCAGAGUCUGACGGCCAGUUGCCUGGAGGCGGGCGGCCAGGGGGCGGUGGUCCGCUCGUCCUCGUCUGCCGGAAAUGGCGGCGGAGUGGGCCUACUCCUCAGCGGCAGUGGCUCGACGUCUGCGGCGGCGGCGGGCAGCGGUGGUGGUGGAGGUGGAGGUGGAGGAGGUGGUGGCGGAGGAGGAGGUGGCAGCGGCGGUGGCGGCGGUGGUAGCGGUACCGCCAGCGGCUCCCUGUCGCCGUCCACGUCCGCCGCAGCAGCAGCGGCGGCCGCUGCCCAAUCGCAGUCAGCGUCGCUGCUGGGGGCCGCGUCCAGUGAUCCGAAUAGUGUUGUCAUGUGUAAGUUCUGUGCUAAAAGUUUUCCCGAUGUUACAUCACUGAUCACGCAUUUGUCGGUACAUACAGGUGAUCGACCAUUUAAAUGUGAGUUUUGUGGCAAAGCGUUUAAGCUGCGCCACCACAUGAAAGAUCAUUGUCGCGUGCAUACCGGCGAACGACCGUUCCGAUGUAAUAUGUGCGGGAAAACUUUCUCGCGCUCAACGAUACUCAAGGCGCACGAGAAAACGCAUUUUCCCAAGUACGUGCGCAAGUUUUUGUCACCCAGCAGCCCGGUCGACACAAAGGAUGAGUUGCCGCAAUAGUGAAACGAUUUUAGUUUGUUAUUAAAUUAUUAUUAUUACUACUAUUACUACUAUAAUAAUAACAAUAACAACAACAAUAACAAUGCAAACUACUUGCAAAACACCAACAAUAACAACAACAACACCAACAAUUUCAACUACAACAACAAUUGAUGAUGAGGAGGAGCCAACAAGAACUUUGACUUACUUAAGGAGGAAACAAAAUGGAGGAGAGACCAAUACAAGAAAUACACCAACACAACAACAGCCCAAUACACCAAUACACACAACCACAUAUAUGUAUAUACCGUUGAAUCCAUGUAUAUACAUAUGUAUAUAUUUUAUUAAUUAUGUAAACAAGGCAUCAGUUCUGAAAGUUCUGGGCAACAGAAACCCUAGCAAAUAGGAAAGAGACAGAAACACACCAACACCAAUACCAACACAACAGAUCACACAGACACAAUAGAGCAGGCAGGCUAUAACCGUACAUAAAACAUCUAUAUUAAUAUAUACAUUAUAUACAAUAAUUAUAUAGCAGCAUAUUGUCGAAUUGUUGAAGUUUAUACCAAGAAGCAAACUUGUUUUUUUUUUUUUGAUGAUUCAGGAUGAGUCUUUAAAGACGACAGAUCUGAAAAAAUGCUAGGGAACUAUAUCCCUUUUUUGUAUGACGUGAAAAAAAUGAAACGUUUUUUCUACCCAGGAAAAAAAGCUAAAGCGCAGCGUGAGAGUUGUAGCAGGAAUCUAAUAAAAGCGAUAUAUAUAUAUACAUAUAUAUAUAUGAUAUAUAUAUUUUUCAAAAGUAUAUGUUAGAGAAUGUAAGACAUAUAGGCAAGAAUGAAAAAGCGCAAAAAAAAUUGAAAAUAAAUUUACAAAAAUAUGAAAAACAUAAAAAAUUGCUAACUAUACAUGAUAAAAUUGAUAUAAUUGAAUACGAUUUAGUAAUGCUAACGAUAGCGAUUAACGAUAAAGAUAAACAUAAACGUAAUGAAAAGAACAGUGAACACACGUGAUGUAACUUUUUAAGUAGCAGCCGAAGCCGAAGGAUCCGAGAACGUAGAAUGUUGACGAUGAUAAUAAAGCGUUAAAGAAGUAGCUUAAAGUAAACAUAACCCCUGUCCCCGAUCGAAAAAGAAACACACACACUUCAGCAACACUACUAGGCCACACUCAAAAUCAGUAAAAGCAAAGUGAACUGGUUAACACACCAACAAAUCCAAACAAGAAUACCAAUUCAACCCAAGUUAAAGCAAAGUGAACAAUUCACUAGUUCGUAAAAUGUAGCAUUCUUUUGUGCGUCUUUGGUUUUUACUUGUGAGCAAGUAAGCGCAGUAGAACAUACAUAUCCCAAAACACCAACACACAAAAUGGAAAAAUCAACAACAGGCUAUAUAGAGGACUCUUUUCGAUAGUGAGUUAGUGCAACUUAGUCCCCCGAUCCCCUCGCUCACACACGCGUAUAUUAUACACUCACAGAACUUAUUAUACAGUAACAUAUACAUAUAUCUAUAUACAAUAUUUAUAUAUCUAUAUAAACCAGAUGCAGAAACCGAAACAGAGACAUUUUUUGAAAUUCAGAUAAAAUUUGAGAAAAACAAAUUAACAAGAAAAGCAGCAGCAGCAGAAUUACAUAGAAUAUCUGUGAUCUUAACGAUAUUUAUAUAAAUCUUAUACAUAAACCAAAAAAUAUAUAUAUGUAUAUGAGUAGUAGAGGGAAAAAAAACACUCUAGGAAUACCAACUAAGGGUAGUUGUAGCGGAAGAAAACAGAAAAUUUGGGCUAAAGAUCGAUCAUCCGAAAUUCUUGACGCUCACAUAUUUAACCUUUUUGUUAAACCACUCACCCAACCAAGUUUACUUUGCUUUGAAAACAACCACACCCCUCUUUUGGCUUUACAAUAAUGAAAUGUGCUAGUAACUAAAGCAGAAGGGAAAGCUUAGAUAUUAUCCAAGCGUUAUAUAAGUAAUUAUAGAUUUUUUUGUGUUAUCACGUUAUCACGAAUUCUCUUCUUUGGCUUAAUGGAACCCGAAGCUCCGCGGACCCUCGCUAAAAAUCCCUUUUUCAUCCACCUAAGUGAUUAGCCCGGCAACAACAGCAAACGAAACAACAAGAAAUGCAAAUCGAUCUCAAAAUUAUAAACAAAUGAAAACAAAAAAUUAUCUAUAAAAACCAAGGAAGUUUGUGGCUGGGGCUAAACGUGAAAAUCGAGGGAAAAAACCAUUAUCUCGUUUCUGCGGUUGGGGCGAAGAUUUUUUGUUCAAGUUUUGGCAAUGGAUUGGGAACAGCAAACUGCAAAGAAACGCAAAACAAAAAAAAAACGUAACAUUAAGAAAAAAGAGGCAACAACAAACGCACACUAAGCACGCUAGACAAAAUUCAAAAUUCUAAAUUUUAAACCAAAAACAAAAACAUUUUGGCAAGAAACAAAAAAGAAAAAAAAACGGAAACAAACACAAAAACUUUUGGAUUAAACAAUUUGGCUGUGAUAGCAUUACAAGAAUAGUGAAUAAUUAAUGGAUAACAAAAUAUUUAACCAAAAACCAAAAAUACAAAAGGGGAGCGGAGAAUUAUUUGCUUUGCAUUUUGGAAAAGCGAGGAAAAGCGUUGCCAUUUUUCACCUUUGUUGUUGGCUUACUUUUCUCAUGCAGUAUUAGAGGAUUUUAGGGGAGUAGAAAAGAAACAGGCAUCAAUUCAAUUGUGAUGUUAAAACGAAAGCAAACACAACGGAUAUCUGCAUUAACAAUUAUCCAACAUAAUCAAGCGUAAACAAAACAAAAUUAAACCUUUAGGAACAAAUGAAGAAAAAAAAAGCAAAACAAAAUUGUGAUUUUCGGCCUUUUAGAAACAAAAUUAUAAACAAUUAAUAACGAUAAAAGUAAUGAUUAAAUAAAUAUAAAAACCAAAAGCUUUCUCGAUAAUUUUAAUUGCAUUUCAAUAGGGGAAAUUAGAAACCAGAAAAGGGGAACCAGUUGAUUUUAUUUUCAGCCCAGCCAGACAAAAAGUCUUUGAACAGCCGCCGCAGAAAAAACAGGGAAAAUUGAAAAGAAAACAAAAGAAAACCAAAACAUUCCAAGGAAAUAAGAGUAGAAAAACGUUGGAAGAGGAAAAGUUGAGGGUUAGCGGCUUCGAUUCCAGAAAAAAAUAUUUUUUUAUUGCUAUUUUUUUAAUUUAAUAAAUGCACUGAAAACUACCCCCACACAAACUCUCACAUACAUACACACAAUGUUUCAUGCUCUGUGUCUCUUAUAAAUUUUUUUUUUAAUGUAAACACCUUCAUAAAUAUAUAUAACUAUAUAUAUUUAGUUCUAAAUGUUUAAGCGAAAUGUUAUUAUUAUUAUACCAACUUAUAUGAAAUUUAUUUAGCUUUAGCAACAAAACAAAACCAAUUUAACUAAAAAAACGUGGCAACAAAUUGAUAUAAUUUUUGUUUAUUUCUUUAAUAAGUUCGAACUUCUUUCUGUUCUGUAAUGUAUUACCCACACGCAUAUAAUUUUGUUAAGCGAUUUUCAGCCAGAACACAAUGAAUUUGUAAGCUAUGUGAGAAAAGAAAACCAACCAACCUACCAGACAAAAUAAAACAAGCUAAACACACAUGUCAAAGACUAAAUUUAAAUUCAAAAUCAAUAAAUGAAAAUAAGCAGCGACAACAAUUUAAGUGGAAAAACAAACAAAAUGAAAAUAAAAAAAAAAUCCAACAACUUUUGGCCUUUUUUCUACGUUCAACAUUCAUUUUCUCAUAUUUAUGCUCAUCCAAACUUUUCACAUAUCAUUGAAAAAUUCAUUGUGUCAGCAUUUCAUUUGCCCUCAUUUUAAUGGUUUACUAUUUAUUAAGUUUAGUUAAUAAGAAUUGAUUUUGCUUAGCGCUUAAGUUGUGAUCAAAAGUUCCUUAGUUUGGUUCCCCAUAAACGUUAAUUUGUGUUUCAAUUAUUUUCUUAUUUUUAAUAUUUCAACAAGCCAUCAAACAGCAGCAACAAGAAAAAAUUUCUAACAAGUUCCUUGAAAACAGCAAAAUAAAAUAAUUAACAAACAUAUAGCAAAAUAUACAAAAUUGCCAAUUGACCCAAACAAACUACAAAUAGACACACAGUUUGUUGUAAAUAUAAUUUCUUUAUUAUUCCCCUUUUUCUGUUCGUUUUCUUUUGUGGUUUUAAGUUACCAAAUGUUGCCAGUGUUUUUUUUUAUAAAAGAGAGAAAAAAAACUUUUGGAUCAAAUCAAUGCUAACAUAAAUUUUUAGUGGAAAUUUUUCGAGUAAAUGACUUUUAGGCCUAAAUAGAAACGAGAGACUCAAAAUUGAUUAAGCUUCUUUUAGUUUACAAAUUCGAAAUUUUCGAAAUACAUAAUAUAAAUAAAAAAAAUAUGGAUAAAUUUAUUAUAUAUUAAAAGGCACUUAAAGCACCCACAUAGAAGCAGCAUAUAUAUUCAGAUAUUCAGCUUCGGUUUUACGAUUUCUGCUUUAGGUUCUUCCUUGAGUUCCAAGCACAGGACAAACCUAUAUAUAAAAAAAUUACAUGAAAAAGAAAAAAUAUCAUUAGGCGUAACUGCAAAAAUGCAUUUUAAAGGAAACAGGAAUUUAAAAUUAUAUAUACAAGAACAAGAAACACAACAGCAACAAGAAAAAAAAUAACACAAAAUUAUAUAUGUAUACAAAAAAUUUGGAAAAAACGAAAGGAAGGAUAUUUAUAUAUGAACCUAUAUAAAUAGCGGCACACACACACACACUCAGACAAGAACAACACACACACCCCAACCCCCUAGGAUAUAUGCCUAAACCGAAGCUUCAACUUGUACAGCAAUAGCAGUUGAGAGGAUAAACAUAAUGGUAAUGAGGGAAAAUAAAGUUAAUUAACAAUUACGCUAGAAUUGCAUACAAGUCGAAUUUAUAUAAAUCUAUAUACAUACAAUGCAUACUAGCAACAUUAACAUACUCAACCUACUUUAAUACAAAACGUUUUUAGUUCGUUUUAAAAACGAUUCCAAGCGAAAUUCGAACGACAAACUUAGAACUAAAGAGAAGCUUUGGCACACAAAAAAUACAAAAACGGAAUCAGUAAAAUAAUUAAACAAAAAAGCAACCAAAACAGUUAUGCAAAAUUACCUAAACAAAAUUCCCAAAACCAAAUUCCAACUCAAUAUAAUACAAAUAAAAUGAAAAAUUGCAAGUUUCGGCAAGAGAACCUUUUGAAAAGUUCGUUUCGGUUUUCAUUUUUGGCAUAGACAUUUUUUGCAAUCAUGUUUUUGUUUUCAAUUUUUAAGUUUCAAUUCGUUCUAGCAGAAAAAGUGCUCAGGGUUAACACAGAUUCUUCCAAUACAAUAUAACUAAUGAAUGAACAGCAGAACAGAACAGAAACAAGCAACAAACAAUAUUUAUAUAUGCAUAUAUCGCUCAGUAUAUAUCUAGAUAUAUAUUAUAUACAACCAAAUAUAUACAACAACUGAAACAGCAAACAACAAUAGUACCAAUAUUUAAACACAAAUCUAAUUUACAAAAAAGUGUUGAAAAAGUUGAUAUAGAAAUAUGGAAAACAGAAAACAUAAUGGCUGCGGAGAAAAUGCUUUACAAAUGCAUUACGUACAUACAUAGAAAAUGUUUACAAUCGACUUAUAUUUUUUAAUUGAAACGUAUUUUUUUAAUUAACUCUAAUAGACAAGAACAAACAGUAACUAUGAAGAGAAAUGAAAUAUAAACGAAAAGCAAACUGAAUCAGUGCUUUGAUUUUUUAUUUGUAUCUAUUUUUUGUUACCAAAGGAUAGGUAAAAGUGUGGGUUUUUAUAUAAUAAAUAUACCCUCGCUUAAGGACCUCCUGUCCCUUCUCCAAACACAAAAAAUGCCUUUUUUAAGUGACUAAAUAAAGGUAAAUUCCGCUGAGAAUUAUGCCACAAAUUCUCAAUUUCAGGGCCAGAACUAGUUCCGAAAAAAAAACGCAUUUACCAAUAGAACUCUCUCUCAAGUGACAAUAAUCCAAGGCAUACCGUGAACUGACGAAAAUAGGAACUAGUUCCGUAAACCGAACCAAAUCGCACCACAAUACAAUCAGCGGACUGGAAAAAGCUUAUAACUGGAUCCAGUUUGUUAGCAACAAUCGAUGAACCACAAGCUCUUACUCUGUAAAUAAAUAGAUCUGACGAACCAAGUUCGGGUGAACUAGUUCCGGCCCCCGGAAUUGCAGCAUAUACUCUUUUAGCCGUAAAACGACAUAUGAUUGAUUGAUUAAUUGAUUGAGCCACACACAUACCUACACACAUGUACCCUGUUGACGAAUUGCCUUCUUCAUUGAUUUACAUAAUCACCUACAAUACAAAUAACUUAAGUACCCACAGUAAAACGAUCGAUAGACCGAUAAAUAGAAUCAAUUAUUAAAUGAACGACAGACAAGCGAUAUAACAAUUGAUAUUUACACCCAGCUCAUAGAUGUUUUCCACGUUUUUUACAGUGUUACAAAUAAAAACCCAAAACCCAAAACAAAGAAAAUGCAAAAAAAAAAAUUAAUAAUAAUAAAAAAUGACAAAGAGAAAGAGAAAGAAAAUGAAAAUGAAAACAACUUGAGUUGUAGUCAAAGUAUAUAAAGAUUGUUUGUUCGUAGUAUUCGUAGUAUAUUUUUUGUAUACCGCAUGUGUUUCUGUUUGACAAAUCCUUACUUUGAAUAUGCCUUUUUCUGUUCGUUAAGCGAAACUUGUAAGCGCAGCAAGCGGGACAGUGAAACGCAAUAAACUAAACAUAAUGAUAACUAGCAAUUGGUUUCAUCGGCGUAUUAAAUCAACCACAAUAACGACAACAACAACAACAUCAAGAUCAAGAACACCAACAACCCCAAUAAGAAUAACAACCAUAAAGCUCUAAUUAAAUGAGACCCCUAUAACCGAAAGAAGAAACAAAAUAUGUUUGAGUGCCAAGCUAACAAUUCGAGGAAAUACUGUACAUAGAUAAAAAAACGAACCAAAAACACAAACACGAAUAAGUUUUAAAAAUACACUCAAGGUAGAUGUUUGUGUGAGUUUAGGAGAAUCCGGAAAACUAGUUUUAAAACCUUUAAAAUUAAAGUUCUACAAAAUUUAACAAGGCUCAACCAAAUUAUUAAAUCUUGCAUUCCGAACAGAAAGGGAAAUAAAAUUAUGUUAAAAUCAAAAUCGCUUAGGAAUGUACGUUUUUUUUGUGCAUAUACCCAUAUUCCAUAUCAAAUAUAUUGAAAGAGAAAUACAAGUUUUUUAAAUGGCUCAUACAAUUCCGAAAUCAAGACAUUUUAUGAUCUGUAAAAAGCCAGAAAACAAAUAAUUGUGAUUGCUAGUUUUCUGAUUGUCCCUAAAAACACACAAAUUUUUAUUCUUUCACAUAGAAAAAAAAAAAUAAAAAAGGAACAAAACAAACAUUGGAAAUUUGUUUUUGACUUGAAACAUGUACAUAAAAUACGUUUAGAAAACACAGAUGAAAAACAGAAAAAACAGUUUUUUUAAUCAAACCUAAAGUAAGGCUAAAACGGAGACAAACAUAGAACCAAUUUUUGAGGAAUAUCAGCGCGGAAAAGCCCCUCCCCAAAAUAUCCUUUCCAAAAUGUACAUUUUCACACAAACACAACGUACACACUUUUUGAUACGCUAAGGUCAAGUUAAAGAAUACGAUAUCUACACACUUAUAUAUAUAAUAGUUAUAUAUAACGUAAACAAAUAGCAGGACAUCGGAAACCUAAAAGAAAGCUUCAAAAGUUGUAAACAAUUUUUUUCGGUAUAAGCUCAAGACACGUACACACAGAAAGAGGAACUCACACAUAUACAGAGAGGCGAAGAAGCGGAAAAUUUAGGCUGAACCAGCGAGGAAAAUUGUUAGUACUAGCUUGUGGGGCUUAUUUUAUAUUUGUCGAGAUCAGGAGAAGCUAAACAAUUUUUUGGAAAUUAGCGAGAAAAAAAACACCAGAAAAAAACAGAAAAGAAAACGUCAGAAAGGUAAAGAGGAAAGAGAGAAAAAACAACACUGUAGUGCCUACUCCCCUUUAAAACAAAACAAAAAAAAACUAAUAAAAAUAAAAUAAAAAUCGAAAACCAAAAAAAAUAUAUAUAUACAAUACAUAUAUACAUUAUACAUACUAAAGUAAUAUUUUAUAAAAAUGCGCAGAGCAAAAACCUAAAAAAAGACAAAAAAAAAAACAAAACAACAAGGAAGUCAAAAAUGGAAAUUGCAGUUUUUUUGAUAGUUAUUUUUUUAGCGAGCAAUGAAAGGCAUUGAGAUCUAUAUAUACAUAUAUAUAACUAAAUAUACAUACACACCUAUACAUUAGUAUAUCUCCCACACAGACAACCACACCUACAUUUAUACAAAAAGUACUUACGGCAUGUAAAAAAGAAAUUAGUUUCUAACGAAGACGGAAAAAAAUAAAAACUAUUAGAAAACUGCAAGCAAAUUUGCGAAUUUUAGGCAGUUAGCUAUACUACACUCUCCCAAACACACACACAAAAUCACACACGCAACCAAAUCGAGAAACAAAGUAGAAACAACAACAGAGUAGUUUUGCAUAUCCCAAAAACAAAGAGAGAAAUUGUUUGGUAUGGUAAGAAAUGGUGAGAAAUGGAAGAAAAAGCCACAUACAAAACACAGACACACAAGAAACCAAUUUAUCAAAAAAUUGUACUAGUUUUUAGUAAUGAAAGAGAAUAAUACUAUUUUCACAGAAGGAAAACACCACAAACAAUGUAAACAUAUUUAAUAAAUUUAAAACCCUAAAAGAGAAAUCAUAUUUUCGACAUAAGCGAAAUGAAAGAAAUACAUUUUUAACCUUUCUCCAUAAUUUUUCAAGAAUAUGAAAAAGCAGACUAACCAUUUCCAGAAUAGUUGUUUUCGUUUCAAUUGAUCUUGAAUUGAGAAUUCAAGCCAAGCAUCCAAAAUAUUUAUAUAAAAUAUAAUGCAAAAUAGCAGCACACACGUUGAAGGACUGUUGAAAAAUGGGUAGCAAAAUAAUAGGUUUAGUAAACGACGGUUGAGAAAAUUUUUGUAAGUUCCCUAUUGAGGCUCAUUCAUAAAUAAUUUUACAAAUAUUUUUAACACUUAUUAUUUGUUUGUUUGUAGACUUUUUUUUAAUAUUUUCUCUUAAGUUAUUGAACCUAAAUCAAUAAAUGCUAGGGAAAACAGCUCGAUUUCAAGGCAUUCCAAAGGGGAUUAUACCCAAACAAAAAAAGGGAAUAAUAUGGGCUGUUUUCCUUAAUGCAAAGGAACUGCCUAAUAAGAGGGUUAAUAAACAGUGUAAGGCGGUUAAAAAACCACACAAAAAAUAUGAAAUUCACAACAAACCGAAAUCCGAAGAAAAGUUUAAACAAUAAACAAUAACCGAAUUAAGAGGAUGAACAAAUAGCUGCAAUACGUUAUGAUUACGUCAAUAUGUUCCUACAAUAUAGACAUACAAGAUACAUAAAUAAUUUAUAUAAAUAUAUAUUCUUAACUAACUGUAAACACACCACACAGAAAACCAACAAAAAAAGAGAAUGCGAUGGAAGAAUUAUACAAUAAUUAAUUUAAGGCCAAGGCCGAAAAAUUCACUAAGAGCAGCAGCGACUAACUAACUAAAACUAAAUCUUAAAUAAUCACCCGCUUAAGUUUUAUUUAACGUUUUUCAUUAACUUUAAUCCUAAGUUAAGCGAUUUCCCAUUAUUUAUUGAGCCAGCGUAAACUUAAAAUGACUCUAAAAUAAUGCAAAUUAUAUAUAUAUACACAUAUAUAGAACUAUAAACUGCAAUUUAAGUUCCAAUCGAUACAAUUUAGUUUUCAUUUAUUUUUUUUAUAAUUCGAAAUAAGAUUUUGAUAUUUUGUGGCUUAUAAAAAGCAAAUGGAAGAAACCAACAAAAGCGAAAUAAAAAUAUAUAAAAACCAUUUCACUCUCAUGUACAUUCCUUAUCGUUUUACACACACACACCUAGCACCCAUACCAACACACCCGAGCUGGAACUAUAUAUAUAGUUCCAUAUAGUACUUUGUACUCUGUAUGCAAGAGAGCUUGAUGAGAACUCAACAGAUAUAUAUGAAAAAUACCCAAAAAAAAAAAACCAAAACAAAUAAUUAUUACUAAAGCAAAAAAAAAAAACGGAAGGUUAAAAAUAUACGCUAACUAUAUAUUUUUUUCGUAGUCGAAAUGAGAACUAAAAAACCAAAAGCACUGAGCAAGAAUAAUUACUUACAAGAACUCUCCACUCAAUUUUCGACUCGACUCAUUUUUCGAGUUGACCCAAUGCUGAAUAAUAACUAAAAAACUCGAGAACUUAAAACUAAAGAGAGCAGCUUAUCAGGCACCAAACAAAAUGUAAGCAAGUAAUGAAAAAAGCAAAUAGAAUCAAUCAAGAAAAAAAUAUUUUAGAAGGAAAUGGAAUUCAAUUACUUACACACAGUCAAACCAAAAAAACAUAUUUUAGGCAAACCAAAACCAAAAAUUAAAAAAACAAACACCACACUUACAACCAGAAACAAACAAAUUUAUAUGAAAAUUAUAACAGGCAUAAUGAAGAUGGAAACAAAAUAAGAAAAAUAUUUAAACAAAGCAAAGCAUAUCAUAGUUUAUAACAAAAAACCAAAACAAAAACAAUAUGAAGAAUGCUAACAAAAGCCAGGCAAAGAAGAUUCUAAAAGAGAACAGCCUCCAAUGCAGAUUUGAUUUCUAUCCGCAAUUCCCGAACCCAACAAUUUUCCCUGAAAUUCCCAAAAGAAUGACAACAAGAAAUAUGAAAGGCUAACGAGAGGGAAUCAAGACAGCAAGCUAGCACUAGAAUGAAAUAAAAAUGAAAAUGGAAAUAAAAAUGAAAAUAAAUAAAUGCAGAAAAAGAAAACCUAUAGGAUCAGCAGAAGGAUCAGUCAUAUAUAGCUAGCUAUAUAGUCUGUAGUCUAUGCCUAACAACAUUUAUUAGUCGAGCGAAUGAAAAGAUAAAAAAUAUAAAGAACUUAAGAACUUGUUCACACACGCGACACUCACACACUCUAACACACAAAUACAAGCAGAGUAAAGAAUAAAAACAAAGAAUGGAAGAUGCAGCUGAAAAAGCUAGAAAAUGGAAAACAAAACAAAAAAGAGAUAAA